AUGGCCACCUACGCAGUUUUCGGUGCCACUGGCAAUUGCGGCAGCUCACUCAUCGAAGUCCUGCUCCCAAUCAAAGACGUAACCAUCCACGCCUACUGCCGAAAUGAAGCCAAGCUAAGGGACAUGUUCCCCGAAGCCAUCGAGACUGGCCGGGUCAAGGUCUUCGAAGGCCAGAUUGACAACGUGGAGGUUUUCAAGCAGUGUGUCCGCGGCUGCCGCGCUGCCAUGCUCGCAGUCACCAUGAACGACAACAUCCCGCGCGUCCGAGUGGCGCAGGACACCGCCCGCACGCUGCUGGCGGCGCUGAGGCAGAUCCGCGCCGAGGACCCCACCGCCAGGAUGCCAAAGCUCGCCGUCCUGUCGUCCUCCAGUCUCGAACCUUGGAUGUGUGGCAAUCUGCCCGGGCCUAUGCACUGGAUCGUGACGCAUGCCAACUCCAACGUCUAUGCCGACCUCCGCGUCCAGGAGGACAUGCUCCGCGCCGAGGAGUCCUGGCUGACCAGCAUCUUCGUGAAGCCGGGUGGUCUGGUCAAGGACAAACAGCGCGGCCACAAGCUGAACCUUAAGGAGCAGGAGACUUUUGUCUCCUACCUCGACUUGGCGGCUGCCAUGAUUGAGGCAGCGGACGAUCCUGAAGGCCGAUACGACAUGCGGGACGUGAGCGUCAACAAUGUGGGAGGUAGUGCAAGAUUCCCGAAGAAACUUCCCCUGCAAGCCCUUUUCGGGAUCUUGAGACAUUUCUUCCCCUUCUUACACCCAUUUCUUCCAAUGUUGGGUUGA